AAAUGUUUAGUAUGCACGGGUAGCAGUUGACACGUUGUGAAAUUUUAAUGUGUGGAGUAUAUAAACCGCCCAUAACUCAAGUCAAUCCAUCAGUCGAUCUUCCUCACUAGCGUAAAUUAGAAGACAUGGCAAUCAAGUUCAUCAUCUUGGCAGCCGUCGUUGCCGUCGCCAGGGGUGGAGUUGUAGGUGCACCCGUGGUAGCCCCCGUAGCUCCCGUGGCCGUAGCAGCCCGUGUGGCUGAAUUCGACCCCAACCCCCAGUAUUCCUUCGCUUACGACGUCCAGGACGCCCUAACUGGAGACUCCAAGAGCCAAGUGGAGAGCAGAAACGGAGAUAUCGUUCAAGGGCAAUACAGUCUGGUCGAACCUGACGGCACUCGACGAGUGGUCGACUACACAGCUGACCCCAUAAACGGUUUUAACGCCGUUGUGAGCAAAACGCCUUUAGCUCACGUUGUUGCAGCGCCUGUUGUUGCCAAAGCCGCUCCUGUCGUGGCAGCCAAAGUAGCUGCAGCUCCUGUUGUGGCUCCUGCAGCUCCCGUCGUGGCGCCUGCUGCUCGGGUGGUAGCUGCAGCUCCUGCAGCUCCAGUGGUAGCCGCCCGCGUUGCAGCUGCGCCUGCCUUGGCCAGGGUGGCGGGUCCUUUGGCCGCUCCGAUCGUUGCUGCUCCUGCUUACGCCCGACUAGCCGCUCCUGCUGUGGCUGCCGCUCCUUACGCGUAUCCUGCAGGAUUUGCGCGAGUGGCAGCGCCCUUCACAUACGCUGCCUUCAAAUAAUUCGCCCGCCUAUGAAUUUUUAUUUGCCUGAUGUACAUAUUUUUACCGUUAAAAUAAAAUACUGAACCAUUAUA